UAUCAUCUUAUCCUGAAUGUCAACGCACAAACUGAUAAGAUAAGGCUCUUCCUCAUGCUUGCAACGUGCCUCGCAGUCCACGGAUAAGGCCCGACGAGUUUUGCGCUCUCAAUGACUCACUAAUAAUGAUUAUCGCUGCUCAGCAGAGUGGAGGUGCGAAGAAAAGUAGACAGAUCUGAGGAUGCGCAUAUCACCAGAGCAUAGAUACCAUCGUCUUGGCGGUUGUGUUGACUUGGCGCAGUCGAACUCAGUUCGCGAUGGACGCACCCUAUAAAUUGGGGCUUUUUACCUAGACGAUGAGCAGCUAUUCAAAGACACCUUUUGUUUUCAUUGUGUACUCUGGUGGGUGGACCCGGCUGGUUUUCUUCAAUGGCUCGUUUUUCUCAACCGGCGUCGGGCUUGUCUGCUCCAUACCUACUAGGCCUGGUCAGCUCUGUGGCCGCUCAAUUGGUGUCCACAGGCAUGUCUGUCACGCUCCAAGACAUAAACUAUUUCAUCUCACCAUAUGUCUCUGGAAAUGUAACCAUACCCCCAGCCUUAUUGUCCCAUGUCCCGAGCGUCAAUGGGUUCGCCCCAAUCACUGUCGUGCAGGAAGACACAGCAGAGCUCUCUACUCUACCCUCGCUCUUCUCCACAUGGUCCACCAAGGACGACGUCUUCACAGACGCAUUCCUCGACGCUGUGCUUGUUCGCGGUAUCUCACACAGCAAUGUCACCAACACCCUCUCGUUGGCGCAAGGGCGAACGAGUGUCGUGGUUCCCCUCGAAUCCAGGUCGAUCCCCUCGGGCCCGUACUUCAUCGAGCAGUCCACCGGCAAGCUGUACCCCGUGUACCGGCUGUACAGCGACUUUGCCGGAGCCUUCAACCAGCCCCUGCUGCAGAAGCCCGAUGGCACGUUCCAGCCCCUAUCAGCCCAGGUCGCAGGUGUUGCGUCGGCCACGAUCGGCGUGCCGUCUCGGCUCUACUUCACCCCCACGGACGCAAAACCGUUAGCCGGCGCUCGUGUGGGCAUCAAAGACAUCUUCAGCAUAGCUGGCGUAAAACAGAGCAACGGAAACCGGGCAUGGUACAACCUGUACGGGGAGAACAACGUCACCGGCACGGCUGUUUCGCGCAUCAUAGAUGCGGGGGGCAUCAUCGUCGGUCUGCAGAAGCCCUCUCAAUUCGCCAACGGAGAGACCGCCACGGCCGACUGGGUGGACUUCCAUGCGCCCUUCAACCCGCGAGGAGAUGGGUAUCAGGACCCCUCGUCGUCCUCAUCAGGGGCCGGGGCCUCCAUCGCCUCGUACAACUGGCUGGAUCUAGCCUUGGGCAGCGACACGGGGGGCUCGAUCCGUGGACCGGCAGAGGUGCAGGGGGUCUUUGGCUCGCGGCCCUCGCACGGCCUUGUCGCGCUCGAUCAUGUCAUGCCGCUGUCGCCCGUGCUCGACACGGCGGGGUUCCUGACGCGCGAUCCCUACCUCUGGGACAAGGCCAACCAAGCGCUGUACAGCACCAACUACACCUCAUUCAGCGGGCAGACGGUCAAAUACCCCAGCAAGCUAUACACGCUGGGCUUCCCGGGCACAAGCGGGACCGCCAGCGACGCCAUGCUGCUCGAAUUCCAGCAGAAACUGGCCUCAUUCCUCAACACAACCGCCACCCCCCUGAAUCUAACCGCAGAGUGGACCGCAAACCCACCAGCCGAUGCCCCCGCGGACGUCACCCUCCCCACCUUGCUGAACCUCACAUACGCGAUGUUAAUCAGCAAGCAGCAGAUCUCGCUCGUGCGGGACCCCUUCUACGCCGACUACGCAGCCAAACACGACAACCGCCUCCCCUUCAUCGACCCCGUGCCUCUCUCACGAUGGAACUGGUCAACAGCCUACCCGGACUCCGCGCUCGACGACGCCAUCACCAACAAAACCAUUUUCAUGAACUGGAUGGCGGAGAACUACCUCGGCCGCGAGGAGGCAGACCCCAGCCAGUGCUCCUCGUCGCUGAUGGUGUACGUGGGCUCGAGCGGGCCCGUCUCCGGAGCACUCCGGAAUCAGUACCGGAGUUUACCCGGUGCGCCUCUGGGGUUCGGCAGCAGCCGCAUCGCGAACAUGGCGGAGGUGCCGGAUUUUGUUUUCCCGGUCGGCGAGGUGGAGGUGUAUAGUGGCGUCACGCAGCAUGAUGAGAGGUUCCCCGUCACGGUGGAUGUCAUGGCGGCGAAAGGCUGUGAUGGCAUGAUUGUUCGGCUGGCUCAGGAUUUGCUGGAGGCUGGUAUUAUUAGCAUGCCGUUGACGGGGGGCACGUUGGCUGGUGGGGAGGUUUUGUUCUAGCGAGGGGGAUGGACGGGGGCUUUCUCUUUGGGCAUGUAAGAAGUGGUUUGGGGAUGUACAUAUGGUUCGGAGGGAGUAUAGAGAGCGCUUGAUCACAUUAUCUGGGCGUGAGGGUUCGGGAAGCGCGCUUCGCCCAAGUACCAGAUACAUGGGACAAGUAGCAGUAUUCCCUUAGAUCUGAAGAUGAUAGAUUAGAUGAGGAUAAGAUAGUAGUAAUGAGAUAAAACAAAAGGGCCCGGUGCAGAAGAGCGGGAGGAGAAACGCCGACAGGAGUAUCCCAAACCGGCUAUCCCUCUCUCCCCGGGCCAGAUAUUUUCGUGGCCAUCAUAACUCCUAUUAUCUGAUCUAUCCGCAACCAGUGAAGAGCUAAAAUCGAGCCUGGCAAAUAGCCACCUA